CGGCCCGCAACCCAAGCAUGUGCCCUGACUCGGAAUUGAACCAGCGACCUUUGGGUUUGCAGGGCAGUUCCGGGGAAGCCAGAGGGCAUCAGAUGGGAGGUGCAGACCCCUUCCUCGGGUCAGAAAGGUCCGACUCCACACAUCACCUGCCAGGCGGCUGCAACCUCAGGACUGGAGAACUGGGUCUGGGCUGAGGACAUGGUCUCGGUCCCCGUGACGGUGCCCUGGAGCCCAGAGCACCAGCUGCAGAGGCUGCAGGUGACCCGCAAGCUGCUGGAGACAGAGGAGCAGGCCGCCUUCCCCCUGGGAGGUGCCUCCCCUCGCUACCUGUACCUGGCCAGCAACCAGAGCAACAAGUGGGGUCACCCGCGGGGCUACCGCAUCCAGAUCCGCAGUUUUGCUGGGGAGCCGCUGCCCCAGAGCAGCUCCAUGGAGAGAGCCAUCAGCUGGGGCAGACACCAGCUGGCUGUGACCCAGCGGAGGGAGGAGGGGCCCAGCAGCGCCAGCAUCUACAAUCUGAACGACCCUUGGACACCCACCGUGGACCCCACUGACUUCAUCAACAACGAGACUGUUGCCGGGCAGGACCUGGUGGCCUGGGUGACAGCCGGUUUCCUGCACAUCCCACAUGCAGAGGAUGUUCCCAACACGGUGACUGUGGGGAACGGUGUGGGCUUCUUCCUCCGGCCCUACAACUUCUUUGACCAGGACCCCUCCCUCCAUUCUGCCGACUCCAUCUAUUUCCGGGGGGACCAGGACACUGGGGACUGUGAGGUCAACCCCCUGGCUUGCCUCCCCAAGGCUGCUGGCUGCGCCCCCGACCUCCCUGCCUUCUCUCAAGGGAGCUUGUCUCACAGCUAGGUGGACCCCAGGAUGGGGAUCGUGUCCAGGGGCCCCGGGGCCAGGGUGUGUGGGAAGGGGGAGCAGUGGGUGGGCUCUGGGCCCAGAGGCCUGGUCUCACACGAAGAUCCUCUCCUCCCCCACCCCCAAGGUCCUCUCUCCCAUCAACGUCCUUUGCAUCCCCCUCCUCCCUGGGAGCUUCCUGAGCCCAGGAUGUGUGACACAGGGGGGACUCGGCUUUGUUGCCCCCACACCUGCUGCAUUUCCGUCCCGGAGGGGAGAGGGAUGGCCAGCCGGAGAUGACGUGAUGGCGAGACUUUGAUCCAGAAGACUUGCUCUUUUUCCCAACAGUUUUUUAAUGUUAUUUUUUUACAAUGAGAUAUAAUUCAUGUGCCAUAAAAUUCACCCUCUUAAUGUGUAUAAUAUAGUGGCCAUUCAUUCCAGAAUGUUUUCAUCACCCCAGCAAGAAAUCCCACGCCUGUUAGCAGUCGCUUCCUGUUUCCCUCCAUCGCCUUUCCAGCUCUCGGCAACCACCACGCUUUCCGUCACCGUAGAUGAGCCCGUGUUCUGGACAUUUCGUGUACAUAGAUCUACACGACACGUGGACAUCCGUGGUUGGCCUCUUUCCGCACGAUGUUUUCGAGGUGCAUCCAUCAUGUCGCAUGAAACUGCUUCAGUCCUCGACGGCCGAAGAGUAUGCUGUCGUGUGAAUGUCACCGCAUUUUGUUCAUCCAUUCAUCAGUCAAAGGACAUCGGACUGUAUCCACUUUUUGGUUAUUAUGGACAAUGCUGCUGUGAACAGCCUUGUACAAGUUUUCCUGUGGACAUAGGUUUUCAAUUGAGCAUGUAAAUCUGGGAGUGGAAUUUCUAGGUUUUAUGUUUACUUUUUGAGGA